AUGGCCGGCGAUGGGCCAAGCGUGCUGGAGGAGCAGCCUGUAUCGGCAGACGAGGCAAUCGCUUUGAUCGACAAGGCCAAGACCAUCGUAGAAGCUGACAUGGGCGUGAAGGUGGCGGAUAUGCUCGGGCCGGACUUUCGGUUCUUGUGGCAAUUUAACGGGGACAUGGCCAGGGCCGACUACCUGACGGAAGGAACGGGACCGUACGCUACCUUGAGGACGGCUUUGCCCGACCUCUUCUGGAACUCGUACGAUUACAGGGUGGACAAGUACAACCGCAACCGUGUUUGGGCGACGACCCGACUCACGGGGACUCACAACGGACCCCUGGUCUUCGACGGGAAGGAGUACCCCCCCAGUGGCAUCCGCGUGGAGGCGGCGCCGGAGUGCGUAUCGGUGACUUUCGACGAGAAGUCGGGCCUAGCCACCAAGAUCACGGGAGGGUUCUGCAUCGACAGGGGGGUCGGGAACACGGGGCCGGCGGGAGGGAUCUGGGGAGUUUUGCAGGCAAUCGGAGAGCCAGUGUCGGCGUGGAAGUACUUCCCCCCCGUCAAGGUGCUUGUUGACGUGCUGGGCCCCACCUUCCGCCCUAAGGGCAGCCAGGGCAAGGCCAAGGCGCCCUACAGAGACUCUGUCGCCAUCGCCCUCGCCAAGCAGGUGCUGACGGCAUUGAGGGACGACACUGGUGCGUUGGCCGAUCUUCUAGCGGACGAUUGCAUGAUAUACGCGCCCAUUCUCGGCCCCCUCAAGAAAAAAGAGAUCGUGCAGAGCGCGACCGUAGAUCUCGUAGAUUUCUUCUCGGGGCUGGACACGGAUGACAACUACCACGACGCCAGGGUGGACCCUUUCGAGCCGUCAAGGGUGUGGAUCACUACGAUACCGACUACAAAGGUGGUGGGGGCUACGACGUGCUUCGGGACUAAGUUUGAGCCGAAGAGGCAGUCGUUCGUGAGCACGCCCCAGACCUUUUCCGUUACCUUCGACAGCGAUGGCUUCGCCUCCAAGAUUACGCUUGGCUGCCCAAUGGAUACCGAAGUCGGCGACACGGAAGGGCUGACGAACUUCCAGGGUAUUCUGGCAGGACUAGGCAUCCCUCUCCCCGACCCGUUUGGCCGCCCGGCCCCCGAUUCGUUCAGAAGGGUCUUGUCUUCCGUGUUCCCCAAGAAAAAGCCAGCACCGCCUGCCGUGAAGAAGUCCAAGCCCGCCAAGCCCGCCGCUGCUAAGCCUGCCGCCCCCGUCAAGAAGCCCGCACCGCCUGCUUCGAAGACUGGUGCGAAGAAGGCUGCACCGGCGAGGCCUGUCGCUAAGCCCGGCAUGCUGAAAAUGCCUACCGCCAUGCCUGCGAAGAAGACCGCGUCGCCUGCGAAGAAGAAGCCGGUUCCGGCUAAGCCCGCCGCGAAAAAGCCUGCCAUGCUGAAGAAACCCGCCAUGCCGCCCGCCAAGAAACCCGCCCCGGCGGCCGCCAAGUCUGCCGCACAAAAGCCCGCCGCCGCACCAAAGGCGAAGCCUGCCACGCCGCCAAAGAAAGCGGCGGCACCUGCGGCGGUGGCCGCUAGCAAGGCGCCGGCAGCGGCGAAGGGCGGCGGCGGGUCAUCAUUCGGAGGGAUGUUCAACUUCGGCGGCGGCGGCGGGUCGGGGGGGGGGGGCGCAGGAGGCGCUAAGACAGAGGCGGUAGCGACGAAGGCGAAGAAGGAGGCGCCCAAGCCGGCGGCGCCUAAGAAGGUGGCUGCUCCCAAGAAGGCGGCUGCCCCGAAAAAGGCGGCCGCUCCCCAAAAGGCGGCGGGUCCCGCGAAGCAGGCAAAACCGGCUCCGGCCGCUGCGAAAGCGACGGGGAGCGUGACCUUCUCCCCUGUCUUGGCACAGAAGCUCGAGGAGGCGUUGGGCUCUGCCUCCAAGGUAGAUCAGCUCUCCAAACGGACAGAACUCUUCGCCAGGGGCGGUAUCUCCGCAAUGGACUACUGGUCCACACUCAAGAAUACGCUUGGUCCUGACGGAGUGCAGAACCUCGGGCCAGACAUAAUCGGUGCGCUGCCGUCGGGUAACCAGAAGAGCGCCAUCUUUAAGCUCUACUCCACUAGCUAAGGUUGUGUGGCCAAGAUGCGAUGGUCGUGUGUUCGGGUAGACGUUCGCCCCGUGCUGCUAGAGUAGAUACUGCUGUCAGUUGAUCUGAUGGGCAGGGUUGUGCGGCAACCGCCAUACUUGGCAGAAAAGGGGGGGGGGGCGCAGCGGGCGAGAGCACCGCCCCAGUACGUACGUACGUGGCUGGUGGCUCCUGUUGUACCCGCCGCCAUGCUAUUUUCUCUUUCGAUGCUUUGACACGAAGAAGAGCCCAUUCUCAGACAGACGGGAAUGGACGCAGCGGGAGGGGUUUCAUGGAGUCCACGAACGCACGGCGCUUGGAUCUAACCCGUCGACUAUUCUAGCACUAGUUUUGUCUAGGUGGCUGCCUGCGUAGACAUACAUGUAUCAUAAGUCAUGGUAAAAAUGGCAGUCUAUUGUUGUAAACUUCACAAUUUGAAACUGCUCUGUCGAGUGAUUGCACAGAGACGCCACACGAGUUUACCGCUGUAGUUCAUAUAUCGACGAAUCGUGAACCGAUCGUUUCGUCUGCAUGGCUGAGGGUAUGGUACUGUAUUUACCAGAGAGUACGGCAAUCAGGAUCGUCUUCGAUGCUAACUACAGUGCUGUAGUCCAUGCGCAUCCUUCUUGGUGGGCAGAUUUUCGUUGUCAUGGUGUAUGUAGCUCGUCAAGAGUGGUGGCUGAGGCUACCGCCGACAGCAUUGAUUGAUUGAUCAACGGAUGAUUCCUUUUCUUU